CUUAUAAAUCAAUGGCGACAUUCAAUAGUUAUACCCCUGAGCUCUCUCUCUGCAACAAAAUUCUGAAUUCUAUCUGAGCAUUUGAAUGAUGACUUCCCCUAUCAUUCAACGUGUUUCAGAAUGUUUUAUCAAACCACUACACCCCAUUCCAGAGUCAAACCAAAAUUGCUAUUUGACAACUUGGGAUAUUGCCAUGUCCUCUAUGAACUAUAUCCAGAAAGGCCUCUUAUUCAAAAAGCCAAAUAACCAACAACAUUUCAUUCAUAAUCUUUUAGAGAAACUCAAACACUCCCUCUCUCUUGCUUUAUUUCAUUUCUAUCCUUUAUCAGGUCGUCUUGUUACACAAAAAUCCCAAGACCCUCCCACUUAUAAUAUUUUCGUUGAUUGCAGUAACAAUAACUCCGGAGCUAGAUUCAUCCAUGCAACUUUGGAUGCAACAGUAUCUGAUAUCAUGACACCAAUUGAUGUUCCAUCAGUUGUUAAGUCAUUGUUUGAUCUUAAUAAAGCAAUCAACCACGACGGUCACACCAUGCCGUUGUUAUCCAUCCAAGUCACUGAGCUAGUAGAUGGUGUUUUCAUAGGUUGUUCUAUGAAUCACUAUAUUGGUGAUGGAACUUCUUAUUGGAAUUUCUUUAAUACAUGGUCUGAAAUAUUUCAAGGCCAAGGCCAUGAUGUUCGCAUUUCACGCCAACCCUCACACAUUCGUUGGUUUCCAGAAGGUUAUGGUCCACUGAUCAAUCUUCCAUUCAAACAUCAUGACGAGAUUAUAACUAGGUAUGAACCACCCAAGCUGAGAGAGAGAUUCUUCCAUUUUACAGCAGAGUCUAUUGCAAAGUUGAAAGCUAAGGCCAAUAUGGAGUCUAAUACAAACAAAAUCUCUUCAUUCCAAUCUUUAUCAGCACAUGUUUGGAGAGGUAUAACUCGUGCUCGCGACCUAACGAAUGAUCAAGUAACAACUUGUAUGUUAGCCGUAAAUAAUCGACCGAGAAUGAAACCACCUCUUCCAAAAGAGUAUUUUGGGACCUCAGUUGACACAGUGAGUGUAAAAACAACCGUAGGUGAAUUGCUAGAAAAUGAUUUGGGAUGGGCAGCAUGGAAGGUGCAUAGUGCUGUAGCAAACCAUGUUGACCUAGAGAUACGAAAGAUGGUCAAAAAGUGGUUAGAGUCUCCUAUGAUAUUAAGCCUUAAACACCACUUUGAUGCCGGUAGUGUGGCAAUGAUAAGUUCACCAAGGUUUAAUAUGUAUGGAAAUGAAUUUGGAAUGGGAAAACCAGUGGCAGUUUUGAGUGGUUAUGCAAACAAAUGUGAUGGGAAUGUGACAGCAUAUGAGGGACAUGAAGGAGGAGGGAGCAUGGAUUUGGAAAUUUCUCUUUCUCCAAAUGUAAUGAGAGCCCUCGAAUUGGAUCAGAAUUUCAUGAAUGCAGUUUCUCUCUAAUUAUAUCUGUACCCCGUCUAAUUCAAAAGGGUUAUAGAAACAUGUAUUUUAAAAGGACGGGGAAGGGGUUCAUCAUUUUUAGUGUAUUAUAUAUGUAGUUCUACCAUGCUUUUUUUUUAUGCAUAUCAAUGUAUUUUGAUAGUUCUUUUUUUUAAUAUGAAAUAUCAAUAAAUAUUAAUGUUGAUUCCUAAA